AUCGAGAAAUCAAGCAAUUCUUAAUCUGUUGUUGAUUUCAGAAAAUCAUUCCAAUUUGCCAACGAUGUCUCUGAUUCCAAACAUCUUUGGUGGUCGACGAACCAAUGUCUUCGAUCCAUUUUCUCUAGACGCGUGGGAUCCAUUUGAUGGCUUUUUCACCUCUACUGUAGCCAAUGUGCCCUCUUCAGUCCGUGAAACCUCUGAAUUUGUUAAUGCGAGGAUUGACUGGAAGGAAACGCCUGAAGCUCACAUCUUCAACGCGGACCUUCCAGGGCUGAAAAAGGAGGAGGUAAAAGUGGAGGUUGAAGAGGGAAGGAUUCUCCAGAUCAGUGGAGAGAGGAGCAGGGACCAAGAGGAGAAGAAUGAAAAGUGGCACCGUGUUGAGAGGAGCAGCGGCAAGUUCCUGAGGAGGUUUAGGUUGCCGGAGAAUGCCAAAAUGGAUCAGGUGAAGGCUAGCAUGGAGAACGGUGUGCUCACCGUGACUGUCCCAAAGGAGGAGGUUAAGAAGCCAGAGGUUAAGUCCAUUGAAAUCUCCAGCUGACUGCAAUGGUCGAGUUGUUUGUCUGGUUUCAUAUCAAUCAAGUUUGUGUCUUUGCGUGUCAUUGAGGAAGAUGCUUCCUCAAAGUAUGUUGUGUCUUGUUUUUUUUUUUUAUGACUAAGAAAAUGUGUCUGUGUGGAGUUCUAGUUUCUGUUUAAAACAUUCUAUUCUUAAAAUUUUCACUCUUCGGUCAUGUCAGAAACUAUAAAAUGUGUUGAAAUAU